AUGCACAGGUCGGUGCUUCGCAGGUUUUUUCCCAUAGCCCCCCUGCAGAGCUUCAAACCUACUUCUGGUAUGCUAUACCAUCCAUCCUACGAAGAGGUUAUUGAAAGGGAACAUAGGGAGGCUGAGCAGUUAGCUCUUGGAGGAAAAAUAAAACAUGAGCGCCCUGACCUGCUCUACAAUGGCACUAAUCCGGAUAAGGUAUGGGACAAUGAGUGGCGCAGCUAUCACUCGCCUAGAAUGCCCAUUCGUGGCGGUUACGGUAUCUCAACCUACAAACGCCCCCAAAUAGAUGCAUUUGAUGAAGAUGAAUUGGUCAAGUUUUAUAACACAAAGGACUAUUGGAAAAGGGCUUCUUGGCCCCAAAUAUGGGCCACUGGCAAGCACUAUAUGAAUUUCAUCAUAUGGGUACACUUACUACUGGCUCUUCCAUUCAUAAACUUGUGGAUAUUCAACAUUUGGCAGCAUAGGUACGAACCAAAUGAAGGGGUUAUGCCUCCAGAAGCAUUCCAUAAACACUAUAGAUGGCAUGCAUAUGGGAGGCAUUUGGACGAGCAUGCUUUUGUGCAAUAUGCGGAAGCUAGACGAGCUGCUAAGUGGAGAGAUCCAACAAUCAAUCCAGAAGAUUACAUUCCACCGCAAUACCGUUUUGUACAGUAG